UUUUUAUCUACAUGUUAAAUAAAAUAAUGUCUUAUUAUUAUUAUUGUAUUCUUUAACUCACUCACACUCUUCAUGUACUUGCUAGCUUCUUUUCUAGUUUGUUUCAUUUUAUUAAAGCCAAUUUUAACUGCUCCUCUCAAUCGCACUAUUCGACAUUAUUAUAUUGCAGCUGAAAAAGAAUUAUGGGAUUAUACGCCAAUGCAAUGGGAUAAUUUUAGGGAUCAACCAUUAACAAAUCCACCCUCCUCACUUUACACCGUUUAUCGUAAAGAUAAACGUAUCGGAUCCGUUUACCAAAAGGCUUUUUAUCGUCAAUAUAGAGAUGAUGCUUUUAGAACCCCUAUUGCCCAUGAUCCCAUCUUGGGUCAAUUAGGACCCAUCAUACGAGCUGAAGCAGGUGAUCAAGUUCGCAUUACCUUUUACAACAAAGCUGAUCAUCCUCAUAGUUUGCACCCUUAUACAACCAAUACAACCAAAGUUUUGCCAGGACAGUUUGUUCAACCUGGAGAGUCCUACCGUUAUAUUUGGGAUAUCCCCUCCGAUUAUGAAUUUCCCGAAAAUCAAUCCUCAGUGAUAUGGGCCUAUGGAUCCAAGUCAUCACCAGGAGAUAUCCCUGCUGGUCUCUUGGGCCUUGUUGUUAUCUAUCAACCAGGCACCUUACAGUAUAAUUCUCCUGGUGCCAUGUUUCAACAUCCUAAGGGAAUCGAUCAAGAAGUAUUUACAAUCAUGACCAAUACGGACGAAGCCUUCUCCACUUACUUUAAUGAAUCCGGUGCUCGUCUAGGCUUCUCUGCUGAUCGUCUUGUUGAAUUACAACAAACCGAUCCUUUAUUUAAUGAAUCCAACCGUAUGUAUCAUAUUAAUGGCUAUGUAUAUAAUAAUAAUCCACCAUUUAAUGUCAUUUAUGGGUCACGAGUGCGUUGGUAUAUUGUCUCCUUUGGUGUCUCUGAUGAUGAUGUCCAUACUGCCCAUUGGCAUGGUGCCACCGUUCUCCAUUACGGCCAUCGUGUUGACGUAGUCGACCUAACCCCCAUCAGUUUUGAAGUAGUCGAUAUGGUGCCCGAUAAUGUUGGUCAAUGGCUAUUUCAUUGUCAUGUAGCAUCUCAUUUUGAGUCUGGUAUGAGUGCUUUUUAUCAAGUAGAAGAGAUCAUCAUUACUGGUGAUGAAGGUUGGGGGAAAUAAUAAUAAAUAGAUGUUUUUUUUUUCUUUUUCUUUUCCUUUUCCUUUUCCUCCUAUUUUUUUUUUUCUUUUUUUUAUCGUUUUU